UGUGACGCACUCAUUUUUGGUGACGGAACUGUCUGUGAAUCCAGCCAUCAUUUAUAGGAGACAUUAGGCGGAACAUAUUGAUGUCUAUGGCGGGUAAAACCCAUAGACAGUAAAAGAAAGUCAUCAUGUCUUACAGAAUGAUAGACAGCAGUCACUCCCAGCCGAGGGACUUCAACAACCUCACUCAAACAUGCAGCUCAAAUAUCCAGAAAAUCACGCAGAACACUGGCCAAAUCAAGAGCAUGCUGUUCCAACUCGUUACCAGACCAGACACACCAGAACUUCAGGACAGACUCCAGCAAAUGCAGCACUACACAAACCAGUUAGCAAAAGAGACCAACAGACAUCUGAAAGACCUGGGCUCUUUACCACAGCCACAGUCUCCGUCAGAACAGCGACAGCAGAAGAUUCAGAAAGACCGUCUGAUGAAUGACUUCUCAGCUGCCCUCAACAACUUCCAAGUGGUCCAGCGGCGAGCCGCGGAGAGGGAGCGUGAAUCAGUGGCGCGGGCUCGAGCUGGCUCCAGACUCCAGGUUGAUGAGCUCAGUCAAGAUGAACAGCUUGUGACAUUUGAAAAAAAUGAAGGGUGGAAGAUGCAGACAGAAGAGGAGCCUUUCACCGAAGAGGACAUUGAGCUUAUUAAAGAGAGAGAGACAAAUAUCCGUCAGCUGGAGUCAGACAUUAUGGAUGUGAAUCAGAUCUUCAAGGACCUUGCAGUUAUGAUCCAUGACCAGGGUGACAUGAUAGAUAGCAUUGAAGCCAAUGUGGAGAGUGCAGAGGUACAUGUGGAGAGAGGAGCUGAACAACUCCAGCAGGCGGCUUAUCAUCAGAGAAAAUCCCGCAAAAGGAUGUGUAUUCUGGCUCUUGUCCUGUCGCUAGUGGCGGCCACCUUUGCUAUAAUUAUUUGGCAAGCAAUAAGAUAAGAUGAGCGCAGAACCUUACAGAACUACAGGAUCCUACUUCAGUGUUGAUUGGAUGAUGUGUGUGUGUUUAUUGUGUUUGCAUGUCUAAACACAUAUUCGUGGGGAAAAAAAACAAACAAAAAAAAUUAUUUUCUGUAGGAAUGGCUUGUAAUAUUGUGAUGUGAACCUAAAGUCUCUUAAACAUUUGGAACCAUACCUCAUAUCUACUGUAAGACUUUUAUCAAACAUCACAUCUCCUCAAAUCUCAGCUCAAACAUGGCUCACAGAGACAUGGUGUAUUUUAUUUAUAAUGGUGUAUUUUAUUCAUUUAUUAUUUAUAAUAUGGAUCAGAUCCCAAUAUUAGGAGCCAUUCCUGCAGAAAUACAGGUCAUUUUAAAGUAUUUUCACAGUAUCUGCACAUUUGUGUCAAAUAAACAUUGCUAGUAAGAGAAUAGUUUCCUCUAUUAAAAUGUUUGUCCAUGAAAUAUCUGGAUCAUAUACAGUACACCAUUAAUCAUAAUAAGUAUUACGUUUGCAACCACUUGCAUGAAUGUAAUUCCUUUUAAAAUUAGCAUUUUGUUGCUGCAGGUCUUGAUUCUCUCUUCUUUUUUUUCAACUGAAAUUAUGCAAAAUAAUAAUAAUACAUAGUAUAUUCUAAAAAAAUAUAUAUAUUUCUCAAAAUGAUUUCAAACAUUUUAAUGUUGUGUAUGUUUUGAUGCAGUGCUUUGAUUCUCAGAAGUAAAUGUAUUUCUUAAUAGUACAUAAUAAACAUGAAUUAAGUUUUAUUAAAUUGUUCUAUACUUA